AUGUGUGACGAAACAGAAGAAAAUGCUGUUGAAGACCCUGAUUCUGAAGAUGAGACAACAGCAAUAACAACAGCAACAACAGAAACAUCAACACCAACCAAUACAACAUCAGCCAUGAAGACUGUUGUUAAUGGUCGAAAAUCUCUACGAACACCUAAAUGUGCCCGAUGCCGAAAUCAUGGUGUUGUCUCUUGCCUUAAAGGUCACAAAAAGUAUUGCCGAUGGCGUGAUUGUACGUGUGCAAGUUGUUUAUUAGUUGUGGAACGGCAACGUAUUAUGGCUGCACAAGUAGCUCUACGCAGACAACAAGCAACAAUAAAUACAAAUAAGACAACAACGAUGACAAACAGUAAUAAAUAUAGAAAUUCAGCUUUAUUUCUUGAACAAAAACGUCUUGCCGUACAAAAAAAUUUAAGACAAUUACAAGAGAGUUCAAUAUCAAGAGAUGUUAUCAGAAAUCUCAAAGCAAAAAGUCAUAAGAAUGAAAACAAUGGAAUUAAUCGUUUUUCAACAACUCCAAUGUUAAAUGAUCGAUUACGUAAACGUCGUUGUUUUGCUGAUAAAGAAUUGGAUAACAUUCCAACAAUAUCAUCAACACUUGAGACUAUGGUGACAAACAGUGCUUUUCGUAUGGCUAAUUUAUCUCGUUUUCGUUCACGAGAUACAUCAUUGUCAUCGUUUCCUUCGGAAAAAUCAACACAAAAGAAAUGGACUGAUUUUUCUGUAGCAGCUAUUAUUGGUCAGAGUUAA